AUGCACCCGACCACCAAACGGCCACACAGACCGAUAAGGGAAGAAGUGUUUCGAGAGUAUUGUGCUACCAGUUCAAUCCAUGGUGUUCGUUACUUCGACAAAAUCGAGCGAACUUCUUGUGAAAGGUUUUGGUGGGUUUUGGUUUUCUUGCUAUCGAUGGGUGGGUGUGGCGUAAUGAUAUAUAAAGCCUACGUAAAAUGGAACCAGGCGCCGAUAAUAGUAACAUUUUCCGAGAAAACAACCCCCGUGUGGGAAGUGAAAUUUCCUGCGGUUACGAUCUGCCCCGAAACCAAAGUACCAUCUGCGAAACUAAACUUUACCGCCGAAAUAAACGCGCUGUCGGAUGUCACUUUGAACCGUACGGUAAAUGAGGAAAUCGUUGGCCAGCUUAAGGUGGUAGCUCAGCUGUGCAAUCCAAUCUUUCAUUCCAACCAUUAUUUUCUUAAUUUUAUAAACGGCACCAGAGAAGAUGACGUCGUAAAUAUGCUAAAAAAUAUGGCUCUACCCAGGUAUAAAGUCAUCGGAAUGUGCAUAUACGACGAUCAGUACAACAAGUGCGAGGAGUAUUUAAAGGAAACCCUCACAGAGGAAGGUCUUUGCUACUCUUUCAAUAUGAUAUCUGAAUCUGCUAUAUUUCGUAAAAGUGCUCUUCACACCAACCACAACUACAUGGAGAAUUGGUUGGAAUUUGCAAAUGGUGAUAUGGAAACCCCAUUACAUGCUCGUGGUGCAGGAAUGCACGCAGGAUUUUCGAUGUACCUAAUCGAAUCCAAAGCGGACAUAGACUAUAUGUGCACCGUAAGUACGAACCAUCCUAUUACUUUUCUAUUUUCCAUGCAGGGCUUCUCACAAGGCUACAAACUAAUGCUGCAUGAGGCGAAUGAAUAUCCGCAGGUUUCCAAACGCAACAUUCGCAUACCCUUGAGCCAUGAGAUUUCGAUCGCCUUAAAGCCCCAGAUGAUUGUUACAUCACCUUCGGCAGCCGAUUACGGCUGGGAAAAAAGGCAGUGUUUCUUCAACAAAGAGCGCCAUUUGCAAUUUUUCCAAAUUUACAACCAGGAAAACUGUGAGCUUGAAUGUCUGACGAACUUAACCUUGGUACUGUGUGGUUGCGUUCGAUUUUCGAUGCCACGUGCAAACGAAACAAAAGUCUGCCCGCUAUACAUGUGGGACUGCAUGUUUCAGGCUCGAUCGCUUUUUCGACAACACGAUAAUGCUUCCCACCCUGAAGAAGUGUUGGGUAUUUUUGCGAACUGUAACUGCUUGCCUGCGUGCAGCUCGGUUCACUAUGACGCAGAAAUUACCCAAUCCUCGCUAGAUGUAAACAAGUUCUUAGAUGCAAACAAAUUGAGAACAUCGAAAGCGAAUGACAUCAUCAUCACCACCCUGGAAAUUUAUUUUAAGGAGUCACACUUUAUCACAUCGAAACGAUCGGAACUCUACGGAUUAGUGGACUUUUUGGCGAACUGUGGAGGGCUGUUGGGAUUGUUUAUGGGUGUAAGCAUUCUAAGCCUUUUGGAAAUAUGCUACUUCAUAGCGAUACGUCCAUUUUCGAUAAACAAGAGGCGGGCUUUGCGCGGGGAUAAUAAGGAGAAAGAAGUCAGCAAUUCUCUGCUUGCUGUUGUUUCUAAAGCAGAUUAG